GAUCCCGGACCGCUAAUCUUCAGUGCUAAUACCUUUGGCCGGCAUCAUGAAUACUCUGGUUGCUCUCUGUGUGGUCGUCUCUGCCGCAGUCUCGGCUUACGACUUCCAAGACGCCGAAUUCAAUCAACUCUUAGCAUCAGAUUUAGAAGAUGGAUUUGACUCUCUAUAUUCACUUCCUGUGAACAGUCGCGUUAGACGAGCAGAAGAGGCAGUAACACAGUCACCGAACGAAGAUGAUAAAUGCAAAAAAAGACAUAGAAGACCGAAAGCAUGUUGUGCCGACGAACUGCUCGACCAGAUCCAUGAAAAAGACAAAGAAUUAGUAAGAAGUUGCUUUAGGGAAGUUUUGGGAGUUGAUAAACACGAACAUCAUCGCAGAGGUGAUCCAUUCAGCUGCGAACAAGCUGAGAAAAGACGAAAUGACAUGACUUGUGUAUUCCAAUGUGUUGGACAAAAGAAAGGCGUGGUUGGAGAAGAUGGAAAACCUAAACCAGAAGAAAUCACCAAAACUCUAAAAGAAAAUUUCGCUAAAGAAUCUUGGUUUGAGCCAUCAAUUGAAAAGGUCGUUAGUACUUGUUUAAAAGAAGCUGAAAAUGCUACAGCGACUCAAGUAAAACCUGCCUCAGAAGAUGUGAAAAUUUGUAAUCCCUCCGGAAUAACUCUAAAACACUGCAUAUUCAGAGAAGUUCAGUUGAGCUGCCCAGCCGAUCAGAUCAAAGACCAGAAAGCUUGCGAACGUUUUCAGGAAAGAAUCAAAAAAGGAAUACAUUUUUUUGAGCCAGCACCGCCACCGUUUGAUGGACCCAGAGACGAAUAAAUUAUUUCUAUCAUAUUUUAGCUGUAAGGUUUUUGAAACUUAAAUAAAACAUAUUUUUUUCUAAAAA